GACACGCGUCAAAACAAUUACGCCAAAUUCAACAAAAAAUAAUAAUUACCUGAUAAAAUAGUUAAAUGUAACCUCUAUGGUUGUGCCAAACUAUAAUAUUAAUAGGUAGUUCAUAUCAGUGUCCGGAAGCCGUUAUCGCGAAGCAAUACCACGGUCGUUGUAUGUGUAUUAUUAUGAGUUCAUAUAGAAUCGAACCUUUGGCUGAAUGUCACCGAGAAAUGUUCGGUGAUCUUGUCCUAACAUCGCUGACCCCUCUAAGGGAACAAUUGCCAAGACAGAUCAUCCAGCCUAUACCAUACGACAUCAAGAUCCGAAGAGCAUCCAUGGAUUCGGUUACGGUGGUGAAACGUUGUGCGGAAAGUGAUAAAAGACGAGCUUCGAGUUUAGUGGAGCAGUUGUUGAUGGACAUUUAUAAUAGUGUGCAUACCACUACAGACUAUAAUUCGACUUCUGGGAAGUCACAUAGGAGCUCCUGGAUGGAUGUUGUGAAUUUACAAGAAAAAGAUGUAGAUGAAUUAGUGUCCAUUCUUUCAUAUCUAAAAGGCUACGUGGAGCGCAUGGGUAGCGUACUCGUGAGACAGCUGAAGAGACGGGAUACGUUGCGCCGUCAACAGGACGCGUAUUGUGACGUCAUUACGAAACAACUCGUCAAACGUGUGCCUCAAGGUGAUUCUUCCGAAGACAUGCGUUUCAGUAUCCAGCCUCUACCGGGCGAUACAGGAUUUUCCCAAUGGGUAAGCGCAAUGAAGAUGGUCGCCCAGCUACCUGGAGGUAUUCCUCCAGAAUUUCGAAGAAGACUGUGGUUACAAUUAGCUGACAGACAUCUUUUAGCUAAAGGCGUGGACUGGCCGAAGGUGGAACGGACUUGCUUCAGUGAAUGGUCCCAUCCGGCAGAUGCAGAGCUCGGAGUGCAAAUCGUCAAAGACUUGCACAGGACCGGCUGCAGUUUGUUCUGCGGUGAAGAUGGACAGGAGAAUCAAGUUUUGCUUAAAAGGGUGCUACUGGCGUAUGCUAGAUGGAACAAGGCUGUAGGUUACUGCCAAGGUUUCAACAUGUUAGCAGCUCUGAUCCUCCAAGUUACCGAUAAAUGUGAGAGUGAUGCCUUAAAAUUGAUGAUAUAUCUCAUAGAAGGAGUGCUUCCGGACUCCUAUUUCGCGGACAGUUUGAGAGGUUUAUCAGUGGAUAUGGCGGUAUUUAGAGAACUGUUAAGGACGCGAUUUCCACGACUAUCCAAACAUUUAGACAAUCUUCAAAACGCUGCUAAGGACGGAAGCCGCAGCUACGAACCGCCUCUCACGAAUGUGUUUACCAUGCAAUGGUUCCUCACACUCUUUUGUAAUUGCUUGCCCCAACCCACAGUCCUUCGAGUCUGGGACCUAAUUCUUCUGGAAGGAAACGAAGUACUAUUGCGAACAGCUUUGGCAAUAUGGCAGGUCCUCGCCGAGAGAAUCUUCAGUGUCAGAAGCGCCGACGAAUUCUAUUGUAUGAUGGGGGUGCUAACCAGGGAACUACUAGAAUCCGAACUCGUAGAUGGAAACGUCUUAAUAAAGGCAGUUGUCGCUAUCGGAACCCUAACAGAACUAACAACACUCAGGGAACACUAUAUGUACAAUAUAAACCCGUGGGGAACCAACCUACCCCAAGUUGUGGACAAACAAUUAAAGUUGUAUCCGAAACAGAGUAUUGCCUUAGAUAUCAGCGGUCUAAAACAGCAAUAUGCCAAGUUAAAACAUAGGCAAAGACAGGCACAUAUUAUAUUCAGUGCAGCUAUUUCCAGGCAGCCUCCUGCUGCACCUCCCGUAACCAUGAACCAUUUGUUACUAGGUAAAAGUGCGUUGAUACCUGCGAAGAGAAUAGGUCCGCCAAAAGGUGCUAUUCCUCCAGCUAGGCAAGUAGUGCCUAGUACUUUACAUUGGAAGGAUGCCCCCAAACCAAGCUCCAGCUCUAGUUCGAGCGAUACAGAGCUGUGUGAUGAAGGCGGAGAUACUUCCGAUGAAGAAGAAGAAAAAGGUCAAUUCGAUAAUCUACCUAUUGAUAGUGAUACCAAUCUUAUGAAAAAUGACAAUAUAAGUGCCACUGUAGACGUAGGAACACACAGUUCACCUUCUAAAACCAACACCAUUCCGACUGACACGUUAGCUGUUGACGAUAACCUAAUUAUGUUUAAAUCUGAGUCUGACGAGGAAAGUUUUGAUUUCGAGCAAUUCCUGAACGAUCGCCUUAAAGUGAAUGACGUAGCGGAAGAAAAAGUGGAUUACGCGAGACGAAACAGCGAAAGAGCACUACAAAUAAUCCAGGAAAACUCCCUGAUACUCCAUAGGAUAUUACAGUGUCAGUCUAGAUCGUCGCCCUCGCCUCCGCUUUUGGAAACAAUAGAAACGACAAUGGAGCAAGACUUAGCGACGUCUUUACAUAACAGCCAUUCAUUCAUUGAAAGCACUGCAGUAACGGGAGUUGAUAAGCCAUUUGAUACCGAUGCAAUGCAAAAACAGAUCGAUUCUGAAUAUAAUAGUCCGGUAAGUCAGACGGAGGAAUUAAAAUCUCCUGAAUAUGGGUCAAAGUAUACGAGUAUACUUGAAAAAAGUAAAAGUUUGGACGAAAAAUAUCAUGAGUUAAUAUUGAAUAAACCGGUAUCCAAAACUUUUGAGCAACUAAGUACAAAUUUUCCUACGGAUGCUAAUAAAAUCGAUUCCAUAACACAAUUAAAAUCACCGGAAGUUUUUACUAUCAAUGAAGAAACUACGAACGAGACAAAUACUGAUCAGCCAAGCGUAUUUACCUUUGAUGGUUUAGAUAUUCCUUCAGUACAAAAGUCCAACUGGAGAGAAGAACUUAGCUCUGUGCUUAACGCUAACAAACAAGCUUUAAACAAAAAGUACGAUGAAGAAACUAGCCAAAAAAACGAUGAGGAAGAUUUUAGUUUUCCUCCUGAAGAUAAAUAUAAUUUUAUUGAUUUUAAAACCGAUGAAAGUGAUACAGAUUAUACUACUAAAGAAGCUUCUAACGUUGGCAUUAUUUUAGACUCAAAAGAAAAACUGGAAUCGUAUUAUCCCUCUUCUAAUAAUGAAGGGUAUGCAUUUAAACUUCCAGAAUUGUCACCUUUGGAAGCAAAGCCAUUAGAAAUAGACUUUAAAAGUUAUUUACACAUUUCUAAUGAGCAUGAAAAUGAUAAUAACAGUGACUUCAAACCAUACUUUAAAAGACAAAAAUCUGACAAUUUUCCAGAAGAUUCAGAUUCAGGUAUUUUAUCCGCCAGUAGGUGUUCUAGUGAUCCAGAUAAACUUCAUCAACCGCUUAACCUUUCCGAAUAUAGGUUUGAUGCAAACCUAGUUGAUAACAAUUUUUUGGCAUCGCAAAAUUUCGGACAAUCCUCUGAAUCUUUAACGAGUCCGAUAGGGCAGAAACCUUCUACCACUUGUUAUAGUUUUCUCACCACUGAUGAAGAAGGCAAAUCGUUAAAGACAUACCUAGAGGAUGCAAGUAUAUGUGAUAUUAACCCAAUUACCAAAUCAUUUAACGUAGAUGUAGUACCAUGUUCUAGCUCAACUUUAAAAUCUCCUUUAUCUCCUUUAUCUCCUUUGAAAUCGCCUCUUAAAUCACCUUAUCGAUCUCCGAGUUCCCCUAACGCAACUUUUAAUCCUUUUCCUGUUCCUCUAAGUUCGAGGCAGAACAAGGAGGUGCCGUUGAAACUUGGGCUGUACAAAAAGUAGCAAUUUUUCCUUCUUAAAUCUAGAUGAGUCCUAUUUCAUAUAUCAGUCUAGAAGUAAAAGUACAUUGAUGAACUGUGUAUGACAAAGAAAGGCCAAAAGAUGGUGAAUACGAUUUUGGAAAAUGGUGAUAGUAAUAUUCUACUGUAAAAUGUGACAAAUAUAUUUAACAUAUGCCAACGAUUACAAUUUUUUUUAAGAUAUAUAUGAUUAUGCAGGGUAUUGUUAAAUUGUGUAAUUAAAUAUUCUUAA